AUGCAAAUUAAUCUUCAAGAAAAAGAAGAACUAAGCGAAAGCAUUAAAACUGAAAACGAUAAUUUAACUGUUAAAUUUCACUGUGAACAAGACCAAAAAGUAGUUUUUUGUCAUUUACCAAAAAUAAAUCCCCAAGGAACUUUCAUUAUUAACGGUCACGAAAAGGUAGUAGUACUUCAAUCAGUAAGAGCUCCUACAAUCUACCAUUUUGCUACUGAAAAACAAAAUGCUUUCUACAGCGAAAUAAUCCCUUUUAAGGGAAUAAGCAUUAAUCUAUUAGAUAUACUAAAAACUUUCGCUGUCAGCCCAGAACUCUUGAAACAAUUUUUUAAUCCAGAAGAUUUAAAUAUUGAAGAUUACCAAGCAAUUAAACCACUAGAAAUAGGAGAAAGUUUGCCACAAUUCUUAUUUACUAAGAAAAAUUCUUACUUUGAUAUUGGAAAACUCGGAAGGAGAAAAUUUAGCCAAAAAAUAGACAUUUUUCAGUAUUUACAAGAUCAAACUUUAGUUGAAGACUUACGUGAUGAAAAUGGAAAAAUAAUCCUAAAAAAAAAUACUAUCUUAGCAGGAGAAAAAUUUCAACUUCUCCGACAAAGUUUUAAAAAUAAAAAAUUGGCCGGUUUUACAGUUCCCCAUGCUAACCAUAAAUUAUAUGUAAUUAAAAUACAAUCGCCAAAGAACAAAAAAAACUUUUUAUCUUUGAUCGGCAUGGAAGAAAUUCCUCCAGAAGAAAAAACUUUUUUUGACUUAGCUGACCUAAUCUGUGCUGUUUCCAACCAUAUCAAUUUAUACCAUGAUUUAGGUAAAAUCGAAAAAGAAGAAGAAAAAGAUAAAUUAGAAAAUCAAAUCAUUCGUCGUGUAGGUGAUCUAGUCUACAACAUAUUUGAUAAUAAAUUAGGCAGUUUUUUGCAAGACAUUGACAAUAAAUAUUUGUCUAAUAUUUCUCAAUUAAAGAAAGCUGACUUAAUGAAAAUUCCUAACUUAAACGAUUUUGACAACUUUAUUCGUCAUUUUUUUAAUACUUCCGCUUUAGUUCAAUUACAAAAUCAAAAUAAUCCCUUAGCACGAGCUUCCUAUUCAAGAAAACUUAGUGUCCUAGGCCGAGGAGGAUUUAAAUCAGCUAAUACCACUUUAGAGGCUCGUAAUAUCAAUCCUUCUUAUUGCGGACGCUAUGAUCUGGUAGAAACUCCAGAAGGACAAAGAGUCGGUCUUGUUCACAAUCUAACUAUUGACGCAGAAAUAAAUGAUGAAGGGCAAGUAGAAACGUCUUAUUAUCUUGUUAAACAAGGAAUAAUCACUGAUAAAUUGGUUUACUUAACCAGUGAAGAAGAAUGA